AUGCACAAUGGGCAUGUCUUCAACGUCAGCUACUCUGGAGCAGCGCCUUCGAGCUUGCGUGAGCAAAUUCUGGACAGCCUAUGGUUCGACAUGAUGGAAGCUCGGCAAGACAGUAUCAAAGGUGCAACUCCUGAGACCCUUGACUGGAUUUAUGAACCUCAGGAAUCAAUAGCUUGGCGACACGAUAAACCAGAGUGGGACAGUUUGGCUACAUGGCUAGAUGCAGGCGACUCGAUCUACUGGGUGUGUGGCAAGGCCGGAUCUGGGAAAUCAACUUUGAUGGCGCAUAUUGUCGACGACGACCGCACGAAAGAGUGUCUUUCUAAAUGGGCACACGGCAAACCACUUCACGUUCUCAAAUUCUUCUUCUGGCGCCCCGGCACUGAGCUACAGAAGAGCAUCAAUGGUCUGCUGCGCACGAUACUGUAUCAAAUAUGUACGGAGGUAGAUCAGGUGGUGCAAAAUAUCGCCAAGGCUGUGCGAUGGCAACCUGGCCGCCAGGCAUCAUGGACCGAUAAACGCUUGAAUCUUGCAAUCGAAGCUGCUUUGACCUCUUCCGACGAUGUCUUCUGCUUCUUCCUGGAUGGUCUCGACGAGUUUGUUGGCGAUUUGAGUAGCCUCACAGACCUUGUCUAUCGAUUCGAAGCCCUCGAGAACGUAAAACUCUGCGUCUCAAGUCGACCUGAAGCAGAGCUCACCGCCAAUUUCUCCUUCUGUAGGCAGUUGCGCCUGGAACAACUCAAUCGUGCGGACAUUGAGAAAUUUGUUGAAACAAAGCUCCGUCGCUUUAUCGACAAGCCUGUCUUCAGAAAAUGUCCAUACAGAACGUACUCUGGCUUCGUUGCGGAUGUUGUAUAUCGCGCUGACGGCGUUUUCCUCUGGGCUGUCCUUGUCGUUCCCACGCUCGUGAGAAGUAUCAGUUCAGGA